AUGCCAGUCAAAAUUUUCUCAUUGCGCACCGGUUUGCUCCCGGUAGCCCGUCUAUCCACCUCAUAUACCGCUAAAUAUGGCCUGCCUGUUACUCGGAUUGUUCCCGUUUUCCCCCAGAUCUUCCCCCAGAAACUCAAGUACCGUUUUUUGGAGCCGCCAUUUUUAGCCUGCUAUCAAGAAAAGGGGGUCCUGACAACCCAGGUUGGGGUUCGUAAAUUUUCGGUUCGUUCCGGACGGGCACGACCGGGUUCGGGCAACGAGGUGAGGGCCGCGAAGAGCUUGAUUGAGGAUGAGGCGGAACUCAGUGACUGGGUCAGUGGGUUGAGUUCUAACUCGUUUAGGAAAGAUAGUGAUGUGGAUGGGAAUAAUGGUGGUGAUAAUGGAGGAUAUGGGAUUAGAGUGAGGGGUGAGAAGAGGAGGAAAGAGAGUGAAUUUGAUAGUGAUGAUUUUGAUUUUCCGAGUAGGGGUGGUAGUGGGGGCCGUGGGUUGGAAAAGCCAGUUUCUAGGGGAAGAGGGGGAUAUGGUGGUGGAUUGGAGGAGAACCGAAAUGGCGGUAGGUCAUUUGAUAGGCGAACUGGGACCCGCAAUUCAAGCGAUUCCUUGAGGAAAGGGAAGUUUGGCAGUGAAUUAGAGACAAAGAAUGAGAGGAACAGCGGUAUCACUACCCGGGGAAAUGGUUGGGGUUCGGUUAGGUCAUUUGAUAGGCAAGGUGGAACCCGCAAUUCGAGCGAGUCCUCCAGGAAAGGGAAGUUUGGUAGUGAAUUGGAUAGAAAGAAUGAGAGGAAUGGCGGUAUUACUAGCCGGGGAAAGGGUUGGGGUUCGGUUGAUAGGUUUCCAGGGCGAGAAUUAGGAAAGGGGAAUGACAGUAGAGAGAAAAGGAGAGGUGCUAGAGGGUCUGAAAUGGGUUAUGGGAAGGAUAGAGGUGGUGGCGUGGGAAUGCAGAGAGAAGGGAAGAGAGUACCACAAAGAGGUUUGGUGGUUACAGAUGAGGAAGAAGAGGUCGAGAGCUAUAGUAGUUUCAAAGAGUUGAUUGAUAGCGAUGAAGAUGAGGAUGAGGAUGAGGAUGAGGAUGAAGAUGAGAGCGAGGAGGAAGACAAUAUUGUUGAUGGCUUGUUUGAGAAGGAAAACGUUUUGUCUCAAUCACCUCCAAGCUCGUCUGGGGGAAGUGAUACAUAUCUUAGUGAAAGCAGGUUCGAUCAAUGUUCCAUCUCUCCAUUGUCUCUGAAAGGACUUAAAGAUGUCGGAUAUGAAAAGAUGACUGUGGUACAGGAGGCAACUCUUCCUGUUAUUCUUAAAGGUAAGGAUGUGAUGGCCAAGGCAAGAACUGGCACCGGAAAGACGGUAGCAUUUUUGCUUCCUGCGAUUGAAGUUGUUGUAAAAUUACCACCAGUGGAUCGUGAUCAAAAGAGAACUCCAAUUUUUGUGCUUGUCAUUUGCCCAACUCGUGAGCUUGCAAGUCAAGCUGCUGCAGAGGCUAACAACCUGUUGAAGUAUCAUCCUUCUAUUGGUGUUCAAGUUGUUAUAGGAGGCACAAGGCUUACUCUAGAACAGAAACGAAUGCAAGCAAACCCAUGCCAGAUUCUUGUAGCUACACCUGGAAGGCUAAAAGAUCAUAUUGAGAAUACAGCUGGAUUUGCUACUCGGCUGAUGGGCGUCAAAGUCUUGGUCCUUGAUGAAGCUGAUCAUCUGUUAGACAUGGGUUUCCGCAGAGAUAUUGAGAAAAUCAUAGCUGCUGUUCCCAAACAGCGUCAGACGCUUUUAUUUUCUGCCACAAUUCCACAAGAGGUUCGUCAAAUUUGCCAUAUUGCUUUGAAAAGAGACCAUGAGUUCAUCAAUACUGUACAAGAAGGAAGUGAGGAGACACAUGCAAAGGUCAGACAGAUGCAUCUGGUUGCUCCUUUGGACAAGCACUUUUCGAUUCUCUAUUCUCUGCUGAAAGAUCAUAUUGCGGAUGAUGUUAAUUACAAGAUUCUUGUUUUUUGCACAACUGCAAUGGUCACAAGGCUUGUUGCUGAACUUCUUAAUGAGCUUAACAUGAAUGUCCGGGAAAUUCAUUCUCGAAAACCGCAAAGUUACAGAACUAGAGUUUCAGACGAAUUCCGGAAGUCAAAAGGUCUCAUUCUUGUUACAUCUGAUGUAUCUGCACGUGGAGUGGAUUAUCCAGAUGUUACUCUUGUUGUACAGAUUGGGGUGCCAGCUGAUAGACAGCAAUACAUACAUCGACUUGGUAGAACUGGACGUAAAGGUAAAGAAGGGCAGGGCAUAUUGUUGUUGUCACCUUGGGAAGAAUUCUUUUUGUCUACUAUUAAGGACUUACCGUUGACAAAGGCACCCGAACCGCUAGUAGAUCCAGAGACGAGAAAGAAGGUCGAACGUGCACUAUCCCACAUAGAGAUGAAGAACAAAGAAGCAGCAUACCAGGCAUGGCUUGGAUAUUACAAUUCUAAUAAGAAUGUGGGUCGAGACAAGUGCAGACUUGUAGAGCUUGCGAAUGAGUUCAGUCGAACCAUGGGGCUCGACAUUCCUCCAGCCAUUCCUAAGCUAGUCCUUGGCAAAAUGGGCCUUAGGAAUAUCCCCGGACUGCGUUCUAGGUAG